UUUCUCUCUUGGCAGAUACCUUUAACAGCUCUGGGCUGUGAACUCAGGAAAGAAGAGAUGAAGAAAAUUAUCUCUGAAGUUGAUGAGGAUGGGUCAGGGAAGAUAAACUUUGAGUCAUUUCUGCGGGUGAUGACUCAGAAAAUGGCGGAACCAUGUUCAAAAGAGGAGAUCCUGAGAGCUUUCAAGCUAUUUGAUCAUGAUGGCACUGGCAAGAUCUCCUUUGACAAACUUAAGCUGGUGGCUGUUGAGAUUGGGGAGGACAUCACAGAUGAGGAGCUGCAGGAAAUGAUUAAUGAAGCAGAUUUGGAUGGAGAUGGGCAAGUGAAUAAAAAGGAGUUCCUGCGGAUCCUGACCAUGGCUGACCCUUAACUACACAAUGUUUUUUUUCUUCUCCUAUUCCAUUGUAAGCAAUAGGUAGAUAAGUCACUUUUCUCCAAUUUCCUUAGCUUUUGCAGCUUUAACUCAGUUUAUUGCCUUUCUUAGGCAAGAUAUUGUUAAUGUUUCAUCUCUGAGGUCAAUUUUUGUGCUUUGCUAUUGCAAGCAAUUUUCCGCAUCCCAGUAAACAGUGUUGUUACUA